UGGAAUCCCUACUACCAUUGCUUUUCUUUUUCUUUUUUUUCCUUUCUUUUUCCCUCUUCAAUUCUUCAAUGGACUAUGGUUGGUACAAUUCCAGCAUCUUUCUUUUCACAAAUGGAUUAACUUCACCACUUCUGAUGCUUCAAUGAUGAGAGAAAUAAGAUGAUUCCGAGUUCAGAAAACGCAGAUUCUCCGACAAAACACCACGACGACGACGACAACAACAGGAGAAAUGAAACCAAGCUGAUCAACAAAGCUCCAUCAAGUUCUUCAGCGUCGCCGUCGCCAUGGUUGAGAUUGAAAGAUCCGAGGAUCGUACGUGUUUCGCGUGCUUUUGGGGGAAAAGACAGGCACAGCAAAGUUUACACCAUACGAGGAUUGAGAGACCGAAGGGUAAGGCUGUCGGUUCCCACUGCAAUUCAAUUGUAUGAUCUUCAAGACAGGCUUGGUCUUAAUCAACCUAGCAAGGUCAUUGAUUGGUUGCUUGAUGCUGCUAAGCACGAUAUCGUUGAACUCCCACCGUUGCCGAUGCUGCCGCAGGCCUGCUUUCUGAAUUCCGAUGCGUUUUUGACGGCUAAAUCGAAAGAAAUCGCAAGGGUUGCAAUUGAUGAUAAACAAGAAAAAUGUGGAGGAAAUGAAGGCGAUGAUGCUGCGCAAACUUUGAACAAUGCAGCAUCAUCGUCUCAUUCAUAUCACCAUUUGGAACCUUCCAGUUUUCCUUUAUCAUCAUCACAUUUAGGAAGUCAUGGAUUCAUACUACAUGGGCCCCAUUCAGAAGAAGCACAUAAUUUCAAUGCCGUGGCGCCGCCAUUGCCAUUAUCUCUAUGUCCACCACCGCUAGGAGGCAGAACACCGCCUUUGCUCCCGCCUCAUCCGGUGGAUCCUAGACAACAAGUAAACCAUUUUCAGAUGGCGAGCUCAGGUGCACAACAACAAAGCUUCUUGCUUAAUUCUCUCAACUUUCCUCCAUUUUCAUCGGUAACCCAAUCUAUUACACCCUUCCAGUUGAUUUCUCCUAGGUUUCUCCAUAGCCAACCAGACAAGGAACAGAAUUUUCCUUCUAAAUGACAACAAAAUCAAAUACUAUAUGGGUAA